AUGGCUAACCAGCCAAGGUGCCCAUUGGCUUGCCUGCCCUGUCGAGCAAAAAAGAAAAAGUGCGACAGCUUAGGGCUCAACGAUCCGUGUACAAAUUGUAGAUUAAGCGGCCUUGAAUGUGCCAUCGUCCAAGGAAGGAAGAAGCGCCAGCGACGGUACUAUCCGGAUUCUUCAGCGACCUUGAAGCUGUCCCUCCCUGCAACAUGCAGCGCGAACAAGGAAGAUCAAGUCAAACAAGUCAAAGUGGCAGCACUGCCAAAUUCAGUGUUUGCUGAUCACGAGUCUGACAAGAGCAGGCUGCCUCCAUACAUUGCGGAGGUCGACAAGGACAUCCCAAUGGAAGAUCUCAACUAUUUGAAGGCGGUUGGCGCUUUAGACAUUCCGGAUUCCAGUUUAUGUCUACUGGCAGUCCAAGCAUACAUUCAAUUCGUCCACCCCUAUCUACCAUGUGUGGACCUGCAACACUUUCUUUCCUCAAUCCAAUCCCAUGGAUCGAGCGGCAAGAUAUCUCUCCUCCUCUUCCAAGCCGUGAUGUUUGUCGCUCUGGCAUUCAUAGACGACAGAAUCAUGCAGAAUUAUAAUUUCAAAAACACACCAGAGGCGCGGAAGGUCUUCUUCCGACGCGUUAAAGCAUUACAUGACUUAGACGUUGAGACCGAUCGAAUAGUCAUGAUCCAAGCGUCCUUAUUAAUGAGCUACUUCUACGAAACACCCAAUGAACCAAAGGAUGUCGAACAUUGGCUUGGUAUUGCCAUCACCUUGGCCAGAAGCGGCGGCCUUCACAAAGCAGAGACUUACUCUGGCCUUCAACCGCGAGAGAAAAGCCGCCUGAAGCGAAUCUGGUGGUCAUGCUAUAGCCGUGAUCGACUAUUUUGCAUGGGCUUUCAUCGCAGUCCCCAAUUCAGGGACGACGACUUUGAUGCACCGUCCCUCCAGGUACACGACAUGGAAGAAUAUGACGUUGUGCGCCGUAUUUCUCGAUCAUGCGGCAUGCAAAUCCCGUACCUGGAUCCAAGCAAGCAAACACUUCCAGCCAACAUGUUUAUUCAAUACCUUGGACUGUGCAAGAUUAUCGGCCGCACGCUAGGGAUUCGAAAGGCUUUGGACAACUCAGAAGACUUCCGGGCGCAUCGAUACGAACUAAUUGACUUCUCUCAACAUAUGCGUUGUGAUGACGAUCUUAAGGAAUGGCACAAUUCAUUGCCUGCGGAUCUACAUUUUACCGCGACAAAUCCUGAAGACUCGCCGACGACCAGUUUUCAGUUGAUUACACUCCAUCGUGCAUUCCUUAAAUCUGUCUACUGCAGCACGGUGACCAAGCUUCACUGCUCCCUCUUCCGGGCUUGCCACUAUGAUAGAUUCUCUCUUCCUCAGCAUUUGAAAGUCACCACUCGAGCAAGAUUGCACGAGUCCGCGAUCGAACUAUCUACCAUGUUUCGGGAUAUAGAUGCCCGUGGCUUCGUCAAAUUGGUCCCUCUAGCAGCCAUCUCAGGACUCUUCGCCGCAAUGCAAUGUCAUGCCCUUGAAAUCGAGGUCCGUCGCAAUUACGCACCGGAAACAUUGCUGCGGAAUGUGCAUCGCGGAACCCAAGUCCUCCGAGUCGCAGGAGACCUCUACGCUUCUGCGGCAUUCGUGUCUUCUGCCAUUGAUUCUGCAAUAAGAAGGGCUUUGCAAUCCAACAAAAUAUCUCCACGCGACUUGCACUUUCCAGCUCGUGGCACUGGAAUUGAGGCUAUGUCACUUCCGAACGCUCAUGCAAAUGAGCUCGCUGUGUCACAAUUGCCAGACGCUUUCCUUAACAACGUCACGGUGCUAUCGUGGUUUAACCUGACAAGCGCAGAGACCAGUCUUUUGUCCGAACUUGCCUUUGACGAUCCGUCCGAGACGCCUACAAUAACGAGCGAUGUUAAUAUGGACUUACCAGAGUCGGUCUCAGAGUCUGAUGAUUCUCUGAGCUCGACGGAGGAUGUGUUUCAGCCAACAGCGGAGAAUCCAGAUGAGUCCUACUUGGACUUCAUAAAGCACAAAGACACUGUGCCGUAUAAUGCAGGAUCAGAGUGCCAGAGAUUCAAUUUUGUUGGGAAGCUCCAACCUACCGAGGCUUUCUUCUGGCGCCUUAUUGAUUCGAGUCUUUCGCCGUUAUUGCCGAUAGCGAAGGCCUAA